AUAACAUGUCAUCACAUCAUUAACAUAGUUUACCUUAGAUAAGAUCAUUUAUGGUUGAGAGAAAUGCUUACUUAAUAGAUUUAACACAAAGAACCAUAAUUAAAAAAGGCAAUCAAUCUGUCAAACUAAAAUUACCUAGUUUGAGUUAAAGACAAUCAAUUAUUGCUCUUAGAGAUCCUCCUAAAAUAAAAUAAAAAAGAGACUCAUUAACUGAAAAUAUUCGAAAAAUUCUUGUAUUUCUACUAAAUAUAUUAGGAUUAUUAAUCUCCUUAAUACACUUUGAAAAGAAUGUUAGAAAAAAAAGUUAAAACAGUGACAUUUCAUUGA